AUGUCAGCGACCAGCUCAAGAGGCAGGGUGCGUCCGUACCCAACACGAGGCCCGGCAAAGCAACAGCCGCACUCAUCACCAAGGUCCUCACCCGCAUUUCGGUGCUCGGGUCGGCGUUUCUCGGCACGAUGGCAGCAGCGCCGGCUCUUGUGGAAGGAAUCACUCACCUCACGGCCUUCCGGGGGUUUUGCUGGAACGUCCAUCCUCAUUUUAGUCGGAUGCGCUACCGAUACAGCCAGGAAGGUGCAGGCGGAGCUGGUUUCGCAGAAGUAUAGGACGAUUGAGCUGGAUGAUAUCAGUGCGGGUGGUGGAGGGAUUCCGCCUCCUAGGUGGAUUCUAGGUGCGGCGGAUCCCUCCCGCACUGUGGGAGGGCCCUUAUUCCUCCCUCCAGCAGGGACGACAGGCUCCAGCGUAGCAGCGCCUACCCGCCGCCGCUCCACCCGCCGUGACGGCGCCCACCGCGCUCACCAGGUAGCGCCGCGCGCGCUGCUGGCCGCGCGGACAGCACCGGCGAGCAUGCUGCACGCGGAGCAGGUCAGCGCGCCGUUCCCCCCCUUUUCCCAUGCCUUUCCGCCUUGCGCAUGCAUGUCCGCCUUUCCCCUGCCUUUCCGCCUUGCCCAUGCAUUUCCGCCUUCCCCAUGCCUUUCCGCCUUCCCCAUGCCUUUCCGCCUUGCGCAUGCCUUUCCGCCUUGCGCAUGCCUUUCCGCCUUGCGCAUGCCUUUCCGCCUUUCCCAUGCAUUCCCGCCUUGCGCAUGCCUUUCCCCCUCUGCUCAUGCCGUUCUCCCUGCCCAUGCCUUUCCCCCUCUGCUCAUGCCGUUCUCCCUGCCCAUGCCUUUCCCCCUCUGCUCAUGCGUUGCCCCCUUUGCCCAUGCUUUGCCCCGUUUGCUCGUGCCGUCCGUUCCGCCAUGUCAGGGAGAUGGCGGGGGAGGGAGUCGCCACCUCCAUCGAGCUCACCAACUGCCGGCCACGACAUGGGGGGGGGGACUUGGGGGACUUGGGGGGGCGAGGGAAAAAAAAAAGACUAAACCGAAUUCCCUCUUCCUUUUUUCCUCCCCUGCUUCAAUCUCUCCCUCAUCCCUCCUCCCCGCCUUCCCACUAUAUCUCUCUGCCUUUCUCUGCCUUGUUCUCCCUCCUCUUUCUCCCCCCUCUGCCUCCCGUUUCCACCUCUCCCCUGACCUGACCCGCACCACCUUUCCAGUGGAGGACAGCAAGAUCGACAUCGGCGACUUUUUCAAGGGCGAUUUACCCAAGAAAUUCCUCAUGCUCCUGGGUCUGCUCGCGCUAUCCCGCGUGGGAAUCUACAUUCCCCUGUGGGGCGUCGAUAUCUCCGCCUUCCAGGAGCAACUGGGGGAGGGCUCAUUCCUGGCCACCCUAGACACGCUCUCAGGGGGCGGGAUUGGACGGCUGGGAUUGUUUUCGCUGGGCAUCGUGCCGUAUAUCAACGCUCAGAUCGUGUUCCAGCUGCUGGGGACGCUGUACCCUAAGAUUGGGGAUCUGCAGAAGAAGGAGGGGGAGGGCGGGGAGGAAGAAAGCGCAGCAGUACAUGAAGUAUAUGGCUGUGGCGUUCGGUGCCCUGCAGGUUUCUUCUACCUCCCCGCCAACGUGGCACUCAUUGCCUUCUUCAACUACUUCUACACCUUCCUGCAACUCGACCCUGCUGAUGUCAGCGACCAGCUCAAGAGGCAGGGUGCGUCCGUACCCAACACGAGGCCCGGCAAAGCAACAGCCGCACUCAUCACCAAGGUCCUCACCCGCAUUUCGGUGCUCGGGUCGGCGUUUCUCGGCACGAUGGCAGCAGCGCCGGCUCUUGUGGAAGGAAUCACUCACCUCACGGCCUUCCGGGGGUUUGCUGGAACGUCCAUCCUCAUUUUAGUCGGAUGCGCUACCGAUACAGCCAGGAAGGUGCAGGCGGAGCUGGUUUCGCAGAAGUAUAGGACGAUUGAGCUGGAUGAUAUCAGUGCGGGUGGUGGAGGGAUUCCGCCUCCUAGGUGGAUUCUAGGGACGACAGGCUCCAGCGUAGCAGCGCCUACCCGCCGCCGCUCCACCCGCCGUGACGGCGCCCACCGCGCUCACCAGGUAGCGCCGCGCGCGCUGCUGGCCGCGCGGACAGCACCGGCGAGCAUGCUGCACGCGGAGCAGGUCAGCGCGCCGUUCCCCCCUUUUCCCAUGCCUUUCCGCCUUGCGCAUGCAUGUCCGCCUUUCCCCUGCCUUUCCGCCUUGCCCAUGCAUUUCCGCCUUCCCCAUGCCUUUCCGCCUUCCCCAUGCCUUUCCGCCUUGCGCAUGCCUUUCCGCCUUGCGCAUGCCUUUCCGCCUUGCGCAUGCCUUUCCGCCUUUCCCAUGCAUUCCCGCCUUGCGCAUGCCUUUCCCCCUCUGCUCAUGCCGUUCUCCCUGCCCAUGCCUUUCCCCCUCUGCUCAUGCCGUUCUCCCUGCCCAUGCCUUUCCCCCUCUGCUCAUGCGUUGCCCCCUUUGCCCAUGCUUUGCCCCGUUUGCUCGUGCCGUCCGUUCCGCCAUGUCAGGGAGAUGGCGGGGGAGGGAGUCGCCACCUCCAUCGAGCUCACCAACUGCCGGCCACGACAUGGGGGGGGGGGACUUGGGGGACUUGGGGGGGCGAGGGAAAAAAAAAAGACUAAACCGAAUUCCCUCUUCCUUUUUUCCUCCCCUGCUUCAAUCUCUCCCUCAUCCCUCCUCCCCGCCUUCCCACUAUAUCUCUCUGCCUUUCUCUGCCUUGUUCUCCCUCCUCUUUCUCCCCCCUCUGCCUCCCGUUUCCACCUCUCCCCUGACCUGACCCGCACCACCUUUCCAGUGGAGGACAGCAAGAUCGACAUCGGCGACUUUUUCAAGGGCGAUUUACCCAAGAAAUUCCUCAUGCUCCUGGGUCUGCUCGCGCUAUCCCGCGUGGGAAUCUACAUUCCCCUGUGGGGCGUCGAUAUCUCCGCCUUCCAGGAGCAACUGGGGGAGGGCUCAUUCCUGGCCACCCUAGACACGCUCUCAGGGGGCGGGAUUGGACGGCUGGGAUUGUUUUCGCUGGGCAUCGUGCCGUAUAUCAACGCUCAGAUCGUGUUCCAGCUGCUGGGGACGCUGUACCCUAAGAUUGGGGAUCUGCAGAAGAAGGAGGGGGAGGCGGGGAGGAAGAAAGCGCAGCAGUACAUGAAGUAUAUGGCUGUGGCGUUCGGUGCCCUGCAGGAAGCAGAGCGGCGUUUCUUCUACCUCCCCGCCAACGUGGCACUCAUUGCCUUCUUCAACUACUUCUACACCUUCCUGCAACUCGACCCUGCUGAUGUCAGCGACCAGCUCAAGAGGCAGGGUGCGUCCGUACCCAACACGAGGCCCGGCAAAGCAACAGCCGCACUCAUCACCAAGGUCCUCACCCGCAUUUCGGUGCUCGGGUCGGCGUUUCUCGGCACGAUGGCAGCAGCGCCGGCUCUUGUGGAAGGAAUCACUCACCUCACGGCCUUCCGGGGGUUUGCUGGAACGUCCAUCCUCAUUUUAGUCGGAUGCGCUACCGAUACAGCCAGGAAGGUGCAGGCGGAGCUGGUUUCGCAGAAGUAUAGGACGAUUGAGCUGGAUGAUAUCAGUGCGGGUGGUGGAGGGAUUCCGCCUCCUAGGUGGAUUCUAGGGACGACAGGCUCCAGCGUAGCAGCGCCUACCCGCCGCCGCUCCACCCGCCGUGACGGCGCCCACCGCGCUCACCAGGUAGCGCCGCGCGCGCUGCUGGCCGCGCGGACAGCACCGGCGAGCAUGCUGCACGCGGAGCAGGUCAGCGCGCCGUUCCCCCCUUUUCCCAUGCCUUUCCGCCUUGCGCAUGCAUGUCCGCCUUUCCCCUGCCUUUCCGCCUUGCCCAUGCAUUUCCGCCUUCCCCAUGCCUUUCCGCCUUCCCCAUGCCUUUCCGCCUUGCGCAUGCCUUUCCGCCUUGCGCAUGCCUUUCCGCCUUGCGCAUGCCUUUCCGCCUUUCCCAUGCAUUCCCGCCUUGCGCAUGCCUUUCCCCCUCUGCUCAUGCCGUUCUCCCUGCCCAUGCCUUUCCCCCUCUGCUCAUGCCGUUCUCCCUGCCCAUGCCUUUCCCCCUCUGCUCAUGCGUUGCCCCCUUUGCCCAUGCUUUGCCCCGUUUGCUCGUGCCGUCCGUUCCGCCAUGUCAGGGAGAUGGCGGGGGAGGGAGUCGCCACCUCCAUCGAGCUCACCAACUGCCGGCCACGACAUGGUAUUGAGGCCCGGGGCAGAGAUGGGGGGGGGGACUUGGGGGACUUGGGGGGGCGAGGGAAAAAAAAAAAGACUAAACCGAAUUCCCUCUUCCUUUUUUCCUCCCCUGCUUCAAUCUCUCCCUCAUCCCUCCUCCCCGCCUUCCCACUAUAUCUCUCUGCCUUUCUCUGCCUUGUUCUCCCUCCUCUUUCUCCCCCCUCUGCCUCCCGUUUCCACCUCUCCCCUGACCUGACCCGCACCACCUUUCCAGUGGAGGACAGCAAGAUCGACAUCGGCGACUUUUUCAAGGGCGAUUUACCCAAGAAAUUCCUCAUGCUCCUGGGUCUGCUCGCGCUAUCCCGCGUGGGAAUCUACAUUCCCCUGUGGGGCGUCGAUAUCUCCGCCUUCCAGGAGCAACUGGGGGAGGGCUCAUUCCUGGCCACCCUAGACACGCUCUCAGGGGGCGGGAUUGGACGGCUGGGAUUGUUUUCGCUGGGCAUCGUGCCGUAUAUCAACGCUCAGAUCGUGUUCCAGCUGCUGGGGACGCUGUACCCUAAGAUUGGGGAUCUGCAGAAGAAGGAGGGGGAGGCGGGGAGGAAGAAAGCGCAGCAGUACAUGAAGUAUAUGGCUGUGGCGUUCGGUGCCCUGCAGGAAGCAGAGCGGCGUUUCUUCUACCUCCCCGCCAACGUGGCACUCAUUGCCUUCUUCAACUACUUCUACACCUUCCUGCAACUCGACCCUGCUGAUGUCAGCGACCAGCUCAAGAGGCAGGGUGCGUCCGUACCCAACACGAGGCCCGGCAAAGCAACAGCCGCACUCAUCACCAAGGUCCUCACCCGCAUUUCGGUGCUCGGGUCGGCGUUUCUCGGCACGAUGGCAGCAGCGCCGGCUCUUGUGGAAGGAAUCACUCACCUCACGGCCUUCCGGGGGUUUGCUGGAACGUCCAUCCUCAUUUUAGUCGGAUGCGCUACCGAUACAGCCAGGAAGGUGCAGGCGGAGCUGGUUUCGCAGAAGUAUAGGACGAUUGAGCUGGAUGAUAUCAGUGCGGGUGGUGGAGGGAUUCCGCCUCCUAGGUGGAUUCUAGGGACGACAGGCUCCAGCGUAGCAGCGCCUACCCGCCGCCGCUCCACCCGCCGUGACGGCGCCCACCGCGCUCACCAGGUAGCGCCGCGCGCGCUGCUGGCCGCGCGGACAGCACCGGCGAGCAUGCUGCACGCGGAGCAGGUCAGCGCGCCGUUCCCCCCUUUUCCCAUGCCUUUCCGCCUUGCGCAUGCAUGUCCGCCUUUCCCCUGCCUUUCCGCCUUGCCCAUGCAUUUCCGCCUUCCCCAUGCCUUUCCGCCUUCCCCAUGCCUUUCCGCCUUGCGCAUGCCUUUCCGCCUUGCGCAUGCCUUUCCGCCUUGCGCAUGCCUUUCCGCCUUUCCCAUGCAUUCCCGCCUUGCGCAUGCCUUUCCCCCUCUGCUCAUGCCGUUCUCCCUGCCCAUGCCUUUCCCCCUCUGCUCAUGCCGUUCUCCCUGCCCAUGCCUUUCCCCCUCUGCUCAUGCGUUGCCCCCUUUGCCCAUGCUUUGCCCCGUUUGCUCGUGCCGUCCGUUCCGCCAUGUCAGGGAGAUGGCGGGGGAGGGAGUCGCCACCUCCAUCGAGCUCACCAACUGCCGGCCACGACAUGGGGGGGGGGGACUUGGGGGACUUGGGGGGGCGAGGGAAAAAAAAAAGACUAAACCGAAUUCCCUCUUCCUUUUUUCCUCCCCUGCUUCAAUCUCUCCCUCAUCCCUCCUCCCCGCCUUCCCACUAUAUCUCUCUGCCUUUCUCUGCCUUGUUCUCCCUCCUCUUUCUCCCCCCUCUGCCUCCCGUUUCCACCUCUCCCCUGACCUGACCCGCACCACCUUUCCAGUGGAGGACAGCAAGAUCGACAUCGGCGACUUUUUCAAGGGCGAUUUACCCAAGAAAUUCCUCAUGCUCCUGGGUCUGCUCGCGCUAUCCCGCGUGGGAAUCUACAUUCCCCUGUGGGGCGUCGAUAUCUCCGCCUUCCAGGAGCAACUGGGGGAGGGCUCAUUCCUGGCCACCCUAGACACGCUCUCAGGGGGCGGGAUUGGACGGCUGGGAUUGUUUUCGCUGGGCAUCGUGCCGUAUAUCAACGCUCAGAUCGUGUUCCAGCUGCUGGGGACGCUGUACCCUAAGAUUGGGGAUCUGCAGAAGAAGGAGGGGGAGGCGGGGAGGAAGAAAGCGCAGCAGUACAUGAAGUAUAUGGCUGUGGCGUUCGGUGCCCUGCAGGAAGCAGAGCGGCGUUUCUUCUACCUCCCCGCCAACGUGGCACUCAUUGCCUUCUUCAACUACUUCUACACCUUCCUGCAACUCGACCCUGCUGAUGUCAGCGACCAGCUCAAGAGGCAGGGUGCGUCCGUACCCAACACGAGGCCCGGCAAAGCAACAGCCGCACUCAUCACCAAGGUCCUCACCCGCAUUUCGGUGCUCGGGUCGGCGUUUCUCGGCACGAUGGCAGCAGCGCCGGCUCUUGUGGAAGGAAUCACUCACCUCACGGCCUUCCGGGGGUUUGCUGGAACGUCCAUCCUCAUUUUAGUCGGAUGCGCUACCGAUACAGCCAGGAAGGUGCAGGCGGAGCUGGUUUCGCAGAAGUAUAGGACGAUUGAGCUGGAUGAUAUCAGUGCGGGUGGUGGAGGGAUUCCGCCUCCUAGGUGGAUUCUAGGGACGACAGGCUCCAGCGUAGCAGCGCCUACCCGCCGCCGCUCCACCCGCCGUGACGGCGCCCACCGCGCUCACCAGGUAGCGCCGCGCGCGCUGCUGGCCGCGCGGACAGCACCGGCGAGCAUGCUGCACGCGGAGCAGGUCAGCGCGCCGUUCCCCCCUUUUCCCAUGCCUUUCCGCCUUGCGCAUGCAUGUCCGCCUUUCCCCUGCCUUUCCGCCUUGCCCAUGCAUUUCCGCCUUCCCCAUGCCUUUCCGCCUUCCCCAUGCCUUUCCGCCUUGCGCAUGCCUUUCCGCCUUGCGCAUGCCUUUCCGCCUUGCGCAUGCCUUUCCGCCUUUCCCAUGCAUUCCCGCCUUGCGCAUGCCUUUCCCCCUCUGCUCAUGCCGUUCUCCCUGCCCAUGCCUUUCCCCCUCUGCUCAUGCCGUUCUCCCUGCCCAUGCCUUUCCCCCUCUGCUCAUGCGUUGCCCCCUUUGCCCAUGCUUUGCCCCGUUUGCUCGUGCCGUCCGUUCCGCCAUGUCAGGGAGAUGGCGGGGGAGGGAGUCGCCACCUCCAUCGAGCUCACCAACUGCCGGCCACGACAUGGGGGGGGGGGACUUGGGGGACUUGGGGGGGCGAGGGAAAAAAAAAAGACUAAACCGAAUUCCCUCUUCCUUUUUUCCUCCCCUGCUUCAAUCUCUCCCUCAUCCCUCCUCCCCGCCUUCCCACUAUAUCUCUCUGCCUUUCUCUGCCUUGUUCUCCCUCCUCUUUCUCCCCCCUCUGCCUCCCGUUUCCACCUCUCCCCUGACCUGACCCGCACCACCUUUCCAGUGGAGGACAGCAAGAUCGACAUCGGCGACUUUUUCAAGGGCGAUUUACCCAAGAAAUUCCUCAUGCUCCUGGGUCUGCUCGCGCUAUCCCGCGUGGGAAUCUACAUUCCCCUGUGGGGCGUCGAUAUCUCCGCCUUCCAGGAGCAACUGGGGGAGGGCUCAUUCCUGGCCACCCUAGACACGCUCUCAGGGGGCGGGAUUGGACGGCUGGGAUUGUUUUCGCUGGGCAUCGUGCCGUAUAUCAACGCUCAGAUCGUGUUCCAGCUGCUGGGGACGCUGUACCCUAAGAUUGGGGAUCUGCAGAAGAAGGAGGGGGAGGCGGGGAGGAAGAAAGCGCAGCAGUACAUGAAGUAUAUGGCUGUGGCGUUCGGUGCCCUGCAGGCUAUCGGACAGGUGGCAUAUCUACAGCAGUACGCCUACGACCCGUCGGUCGCCUGGGCAGUCUCCGCCGUCUCGGGCCUCACUUUGGGAUCCGUGGCAGUCAUCCUGCUGGGAGACAAGAUCACUGAUCUCAAGCUCGGCAACGGCACCUCUCUGCUCAUCUUCACCAAUAUCGUUUCCUACCUGCCGGCGUCCAUUGGGAGGACGAUCACAGAGGCUUCUGAACAAGGGAAUGUGACCGGAGAGGCGCUGCUGCUCGCGUCCUUCCUGCUGCUCGUGUUCGGCAUCGUCUACGUGCAGGAGGCAGAGCGGCGUAUUCCAAUCAACUAUGCGUCUCGGUACAACAUCAAGACGCGGAAUGCGUACCUGCCAUUCAAG